AUGUCAGACCGACCAGCAUCCCCGACGCCAGAAGAGCGUGCGGCACAGGACAAAGAGGCAAAAGCACGGGAAGAGGAAGAGCAGAGUAAACUGCCAUAUAAAUGGGUACAGACAAUUGCCGACGUUGACAUUACCGCCGUUGUGCCAUCCAACCUCAAGGGCAAGGACUUUGACGUGAAGAUCACAAAGAUGAGCCUGAAAGCUGGUAUCAAGGGACAAGAGCCGAUCAUCGAGGGACCGCUUCCACACUCCAUCGAUCUUGACGAGUCAGCAUGGACAUUAGAAUCCACCUCUUCUGGCAAAGAGCUCAGCAUACACCUGGAAAAGGUGAACAAGAUGGAGUGGUGGGCACACGUAGUGACUGGCGCGCCCAAGAUCGAUACAAGCAAGAUCACGCCCGAGAACAGCAAGCUCAGUGAUCUAGACGGCGAGACGCGGUCAAUGGUGGAGAAGAUGAUGUACGAUCAGCGGCAAAAGGAGAUGGGACAGCCUUCUAGCGAUGAGCAGAAGAAGUUGGACAUGCUGAAGAAGUUCCAGGAACAGCACCCCGAGAUGGACUUCUCAAAUGCGAAAAUGAGCUAG